AUGGGAGUUGAAGCACAACAGGCAACAAAGGAAAGUCACGGAUUUUGGGCGUUGGUGCAAUGGAUUUUCUCGUUUAUUUGCCAAAAGAUAUCGAAUUUGAUAUUUGGUUCAAUGCUUCAAGCGGACGCCAUCGACAGCACCAUCAUGAUUUUUGAUGACGAGGACAUUCUUGACAUCAACAACGUCCCGAAAAACCUUAACAAAUUUCUAAACUACAUGGAUCACAACGAGCUCGUGAACCAGAUACUGAAGUACAAAGUCAAGAAGGGCCACAAUGCAGGGUACACGAUUCAGCAAAUCCUCACAAGUAAGAGUCUUGACAAAGUCAUUUUUGACUUCGACACAAGUGAUUAUUAUGUCCACAAGAUGUAUGUUUUUAAUGAACAAAAAGAUUCGAAGAAUUUACUCUGUCAACUUUUCCUCCACGUGAAUGGCAAAUUCAAUGUUUUUAAUUCGAAAAAAAUCAUUGCGGCGGGAUACCUUCAACCAUCGAUGGAUGAGGGGACUGAGUUUAUGAAAAAGAAGUUGGGUAAAACCGAGUUAGAUCUCACCGUCAUAGACUGGUUACGACUCCAAGACUACCGCAUUCGGCCACAGAAAGGCGCAUUGGUCUUACCUGGACAAAUUCAUCCUGGUCUUGGGAUAGGGCAUGAGAUUGAUGAGAUGUUAAUGGAGUUUGUCAAGCAAAAGGGGCGCGACGGGAUUAUGAACACCCCAGAGCAUUGGCAUAAUGCGUUUAUGUAUUAUUCGUCGUCACAUUUUCAUUUCUUAAAUCCGGCGUUCGAAGGGUUCUUCAGAUCGAUCAAUGAAAGCGUGCGAAAGGACAUCGAGAAAUAUCGACUGAGCUCUGUGGCGUGGGCUAUUGCACAAGGCAAACUCAGGUACAGGGUCACGGGCGAACAAAUCAAAUGGAUUAACUUGGAACAGGUCUGUCCGUUGUCAAAGAAGAUGAUUAACUAUUUCAGCGAGGAGUACCAAAGUAUCGUUAUGAGGUACUAUCACCCGAAGGAUUAUUACAUCGACUGGGACGAAGAAGUCCUUAACGAGGCCAAGGUGGCCUGA